AUGGCCCCCGAACUGUCGAGUAAUUGGAAGAAACUGCAGGCGCAGUUAAAGCAGGAAUCUACAACAAGCAAAGAGAAGAAGAGAAAAGCAAUACCGACGGAAAGACAGCAGAACACUAUUGCGAAGCGGAGGAGGUUGGAAGGUAAUCCGGUCAAGGCACCGUUGACAAGAACUCUGAAGAAGGCCAAAAUGGGAAAUGGGACCAGCACUGAGGCGGCGGAACCAGCGGAAGCAACAAAAUCAACGGCCUCGGCACCAUCUGCGUCUUUGGCUCUCUGGGCUGAAGAAAACGACAUCUCGGCCAAGGAUCUGGUAGAAGCAUAUGGAGGGAGUAUAAAGGGCGCAACUAUCCAAGGAGCCAAGGCAGAUGUCAUCAAUGGAGGGCUAUCAAAAGACGUGGAGAUUGGGAAAUACAUUGGCAUCGAUUGUGAGAUGGUGGGAGUUGGUGGGGAAGAAGAUCGAUCGGUUUUGGCACGGGUCAGCAUCGUCAACUUCCACGGUACCCAAGUCUAUGAUUCUUUUGUACGGCCAAAAGAGUUUGUUACAGAUUGGAGGACACAUGUCAGCGGUGUCUCUCCGAAGGACAUGGCAACCGCAAGAAGUUUCGAGGAAGUACAGGCGGACGUCGCGGCCAUAUUGAAGGACAGGAUUAUUGUAGGACAUGCGAUCAAGAACGACCUGGAUGCAAUGAUGUUGGGGCACCCCAAGAAGGAUAUACGAGAUACGGCCAGGUUUUCGGGGUUCAGGAAGUACAGUGCAGGGAGGGCGCCGAGUUUGAAGAAGCUGGCAAAGGAGAUCCUGGGAAUUGAUAUUCAGGAAGGGGAACAUUCGAGUAUUGAGGAUGCCCGUACAACCAUGCUACUUUUCAGACGCCACAAACCUGCUUUCGAUGUUGAACACGCAACACGGUUUCCCACACAUGCGCCAGGGUCCGGAGCGAAGAAGCCAAACAAAAAGAAGAAGAAGAAG